GGCUAUCUUCCUUGAAACGAGCCACGAUUGUCGUAUCUCCUUCCGCGCGUCAGGGUCAGCAGACGUUUUAAGCUGACAUCAUUUUCCACGGCCAUAUAUUCCUGCACUGUCGAGAUAGCACAAUUUUCAGACUCAUCUUUACAUAACUCGCACCUAGCAUAGUUGUUAUCAAACUGCCUGCACGGCUACAUCUGCUUUCAUGGUUUAUUGUUUUAUCAUGUGUUAGUUUCAUUUUUAUCUUGAAGACAAAGUUUUAAAAAUGGCACGGGCCAUCAAGUGCAUCAUUCCCUCCCUGUUGGUGAUUGCCGCCAUCUCGUUUGCGGUCGUCUAUCUCACUCAUCACCAUCAUCAGCCUUGUAAACUAGGAGAAUGUGUGGUGAAAGUAGUGGAGGGAUUCGUGAAGGGGCGAGAGAGGAGAUCGGCACUUACUGGAGGAAAGUACUAUUCUUUCCAAGGAAUUCCGUAUGCCAAGCCACCUGUUGGCCCAUUACGUUUCAAGGAUCCACAACCGAUUGGUCAUUGGUUUGGCGUUCAUGAUUGUACAAGAGAAGGGGAUGCUUGUCCUCAAGAAAAUUCAGGAUCGGAAGACUGUCUCUUCCUCAAUAUCUACAAUACUCAGUUUCCAGAUGACGAUAUCAUCCAACACCCUGUAAUGGUGUGGUUCCAUGGUGGAGGAUUUAUACAAGGCAGCAGUUCUGAAAUUCUCUAUGGAGCAGAUUAUUUAAUGCAACAUGACGUUGUUCUGGUCACCGUCAACUACAGACUGGGAGCUCUAGGAUUUUUGAGUGUGGGGAAUGAAGAGGUGCCAGGAAAUGCAGGACUCAAGGAUCAGGUAGUAGCUUUGAAAUGGAUUAAAAGCAAUAUAGCUAACUUUGGAGGAGACCCAAACAACAUAACACUGUUUGGAAAUGAUGCCGGAGCUGCAUCUGUACAUUACCAUACAUUGUCACCAAUGACUAAAGGUUUAUUCAAGAAUGUGAUAAUGCAGAGUGGAUCUGCUCUGAGUGAGUGGGCGUUUCAGGACGACUGCACGGACAGGGCUUACAUGCUGGGACACCUUCUCGGCAUCAACGCCACCAAGCCAGAGGCACUGCUUCACUUCAUGAGAAGCUUGCCCGUGUCAGACAUCAUUGACAUGCAGAAACAUUUGCACAUGAAUGAGGACAUGAAUAGAUGCUUCAGUACUCCAUUCGCUCCAUGCGUUGAGGUUGGAUUGGAAAAUGAUACUGACGGAUAUUUCCUACUGGAGAAUCCAAAGCAGCUUAUAGAAUCAGGAAAUUUCACUCAAGUGCCAAUGAUAAUUGGAAUCGUUAGCAACGAGGGUAGUUUGGGUCUUGAUACCAAGAGAAAAAUCGACGAGUUCAAAGAGUUUUUGCCAUAUGACAUCAGACAAGUGACUGACAUUGAUGAACUGGAUAGUUUGGAGCAAAAAGUAAAGAUGUUUUAUUUCAAAAAUGAAUCAGUUGGAUUGCAUAGUGUCAAGAGCUACAUGGAUGUAUGCGGAGAUUUGGAAAUUGUAAAUGGAAUACAACAAACACUGGAUUACCAGCUUGCUAAGUCAAAGGAGCCAAUCUACGUUUAUGCUUUCACAUUUGAGGGAAAAUACAAUUACAUGAACCAUCACAUGACACAGGAGCUCGACGCACAACUACCCUCAGGACCAUAUCACAUGGAUGAGAUUGGAUACCUAUUCCACCAAGGAAACAGAAAGAGUACUCUGAAACAUAACAGUACAGAAGUCAAGACUAUAAAUCACAUUACAAAGAUGUGGACCGAUUUUGCAAAAACGAAUGAUCCCAAUGGAUUUCAUGCGAAUGAAUACUGGGAAAAUACUGAGAAAGAUCAUCCAAGGUACCUAGAAAUUGGAGAGCUACUGAAAAUGACCGGUACGUUUCUAGUUCCUGAAAGAAUGCAGUUUUGGAAGAAUAUUUAUUCAUCAGUCAACGCUUGAAGGUAAAAUUCAAGGGCUGAUACGAAGAAACAGAAUAAUUGAUUCUAUCUUGCUCCUCAGAUACAAACAUGAAAUAUAUAAUUCAUAUCAAGAAUUCCUACUUAUGAUAUAAUAUUCUAAGAUGUAGAUGAGGUUUCAUACUGCGUAAAUGUCAUGUCUUGAGCUAUGAAGAAUGGUAUCAGAAUACCAUUUUUAGCAUGUUAUUCUCAUGAAUUGAUAAAUUCAGAAAGACGAACGAUGUGAACGAAGUGAAUUUCACUUUUUGUAGCCACUGUUGUAAUAUUUGAUAAAGAGAAACUAAUUGUUGAAAAACGUUUUCAAUGUAUGCAUUUUUCAGUUAGAUAGGUCCAGGCGGAACAUGAAAAAUGAGCUACACAGAAAAUAUUUGAAAGUGUAUGGUUGUUAUUGUAUAUAUAUGUAAGUAAGGAUAAUUUUUGUUGUUGAGACUUGUAAUAAAUACUACUAGAUAUAAUAAAUCAAUCAAAAAUUUAUUGGAGAAAUUCGACCCCCCUUCCAAAUAGAAUAGAGCUUUUGGUAGGCCCUUCCAAGUACUGGAUUGUAAUAGUAUAGUGAAACUCAUUUUAUGAUUUUCAAAAUACUCAGAUAAUACUGAGAGGAUACAAGUUGCAUGAGUAUUAUAUAGCAUCAUUAACCAUAAAUUGAUAUACUCGGAGUGAUCUUAUCUUAAUCCACGCAAAAACUCCAAAUAAGUUGUUUAUUGACGUUAAAAUUUGUUGAAUUAUUUCAUGAUUUAGCAAUAAGUAAACUCAAAUAUGUCCUUGGAAAUAAAGAUAAUUUAUUCAAAUUAUAUCAAUGAACCAUCCAGUAAAUACAAAAUGUUCUAUUUCUAUUAUAUAAACAAGAAUAAUAGAUGUUACUAGAUUUUCAAAUUGAGAUUUGAAUGAAAAAUAGGAAUAAGAGUUAUCAGCUCAAGUCGUAAAUUCAAAAGUAAACGCAUUCAACUCAUCAAUAUUACAAGAAAGAAUUUCUUCGUUAUAGGCCUAUAUUCCAAAAAUUGUUUCAAAGAAUGAAAAUCAAAUAGCUAUACAAAAUUAUUGCAAAACUUCAAACUAAUCAAGAAGUCAACUAGAAAGCGUCACUAAAUACUAUACAGAGACAACUUCAUCAAUCCUUAAGCAGAUGGAAACUGCUGUAUUCACUUGGGCAAUGAUGAGUAGUAUCAAGGACAGAAAAGCUGUUAACAAAAAUGAAAAUGAGAUGGGGAUAUUUGAGCACAAAAUUAGGUUAUUGAGAAUUGGUAACUCCGAUAAACAAAUUAAAUACUGUAUAUCAUUUUAAUAAACUAAUUAAAAU